AUGAUCCAAUGGUCUCCAUUGUGUGUUUCACCUUUGCCAUCAAAUUUCUUCUCUUCCCUUCUCUUCUUCUUCUUCUUAUCUCGAAACACUUGCACUCUGCCAAUUCCCUAUAAAAGCCUUCCAAACUUAACUCUCUGUUGCACCAAAACUUCUCUUCUAAUUUGUUUUAUCCAUAUCCUCCCUUUGGACCCUUUUCUUUAGAAAAACCUCCCUUUUUUAUAGUGAUCUUUCUUUUUCGAUCCUCAACAAAUUUGCCUGUCCGAAAUCAUGGAGUUGAUUCCUGGUCUUCCAAAUGAUAUUGCCCGUGAAUGUUUAGUUCGUGUCCCAUACAAUAAAUUGUCCAAUAUUGCAUCAACCUGUAAAGAUUGGAAGGUUGAAAUUCAGUUGCCACAGUUUUUUCGCCAUCGAAAAGCAGCUGGGUAUACUAAACAUUUGAUGGUGAUGACCCAAACCCUAGUCAAUCCGAACAGAAAUUCUGGUCUGAAAUGCCAGGCCAUGCCGGUUUAUAGGAUCGUGCUUUGCGAGCCGGAUGCGGGUGACUGGUGUGACCUGCCACUGGUUCCGGGGCUGUCCAAUGGUUUACCGAUGUUUUGUCAAGUUGUUGGAGUCGGUUCGAAACUUGUGGUGAUGGGUGGUUUGGAUCCAGACACUUUUGAGAUCCGAAAUGCUGUCUAUGUUUACAAUUUUGUAUCAGCCACGUGGUGCCGUGGGGCUGAUAUGCCAGGUGUAAGGAGAAUAUUCUUUGGAUGCGUAUCGGACUUGGAUCGGAAGGUGUACGUUGCCGGUGGUCAUGAUGGUGAGAAAAAUGCUUUGAGAUCAGCAACAACGUAUGAUGUGGUGGCUGACAUGUGGAUUUCCUUGCCUGACAUGGGAAAAGAGCGGGAUGAGUGCAAGGGAAUUUUCCACCUGGGAAAAUUCCAUGUCAUCGGAGGCUAUUGUACAGAUAGGCAAGGCCAAUUCGAAAGCAGUGCCGAGCAAUUCGACUUUACCUCGUGGCAAUGGACCCCAGUGCAAGAGAACCUCUUAGGGACUAGCAUGUGUCCUAGAACUUGCGUGGCAGCUGACGAAAAAUUAUACAUGUGUCGAGGAGGUGACGUGACAACACUAGAAGGUGAUACAUGGAAAGCAGUAGCUGAGCUGCCAGCCGAAGUGUACAACACAGCUCAUAUGGACACAUGGCAAGACAAGUUGUUGGUGGUUGGUUCACCAAGCUUGGGCGAGCCCCACACAGCCUACGUGUUAAAUUUGAGAAAUUACACAUGGACAAGAAUGGAAGUACAAGAUGAAUACUCGGGUCAUGUUCAGUCAGGUUGCUAUCUGGAGUUGUAAACGGGCUCAAGUGGGUUGCUUUUCUUUUUUUUUUGUUUGUCAGCAGGGUCAUUCAGUCUAAUGUAUCUAUAUCGUAUGAAAAACUCAGGCCUUCUUCUUCUUUUCGGGUAUGUCAGGUUGACUUAAAACUUGAAUUUUGAUCUCUGUUUAUCUGUACGCGUUAGUCAAGGUGAUGAUUAUGCAUGUCAUUUUCCCUCAAAAAGAACAAUUUAAAUGAAGGUUAAAAAGAUCGCACAAGACAGAGAAAACUCGAGAAAAAGCGAAAAGGUGUUGACGAGAUGUCGGCCUUAUUAAAAAGGCUAUUCGUGAAAGUGAAAAUCAUUCGAGAAUCUCAAUUGGGCAAACAAAAAAUUGGAAAA